AACCUUUUAACGGGUUUGUGGUUAAGGCUCUGUUAAAAAGUAACGAUAUUAUUAUUAUUAUUAUUAUUAUUGUCGACGAAUUAGUUGACAAAUGAUCCAUCGCGUUUCUCUCUAAAAAAAGAAAGAAAAAUCGAAGCAGAAGACUUCAUAUUCGUCCAAAUCUCCGUCCAACAUACGCGUGAUAAAAUUUAUCCGCUCGAAUUGAAGAAUCUCGCGUAAAUAAAGAGGCGUGAAUUGUGAGUCUGGAUCCGUUUCUUCUCGCUCGAGCGUGGCAAUGGAGGAUGGAAAAAGGAGAAGAGGGAGGAAAGCUCCGGGGGAAAUGGUGAAUAUAUUGUUAAAAGUCGGAGUCAAAGAUCGCGCUUUCCUCCCUUCUCCGCUUCUUGCGAUUCUCAUGAUGGAAACAUCGUACGGAUAUCUGGUGUGGCCAGAUACGCGAUCCUCGAGGAAGGGGCGGCAAGGGAUGGCCGAGGGAGAGAGAGAGAGAGCUCGUAACGUUACAGAAAUAUCUUGUGGAUACCGUCGUGCGAAAGCCAGCUUCUCGUAAACGUCGAUCAACGAUAUCGCAUUGUUGUCGACGGGGCUCUUUCAGCCAGCUUUGAGAGAGCGGGCGAUCGUUUCGCACGGUUGUUGGAGAUUCUGAGAAUAUUUCUUCGGGCAACUGGGUUAUUGGAAAGUAAUUUCUCGGUGGGAGGAGAUGGAUGUAAACUUUAAAAACCUGCGGAACGUGUCGUUAUCGCCGCCCGAUUUUGCAAAAUGUCGAUAAAUUCGAGAAAAUUUUUCCUGUUAUAUCGAGAAUAGAUCAGUAAAAUCUAUUUAAUGCUUGCUCCGCGGUUGUUAACGAAUUGUUUCUCUUGGCGAAGGAGGAUCAUCGUCUCUUCAUCCUCCAUUAUUCCCUCGAAAAAUUCGUCCUUGUUCCAAUUUUUCACCCCAAAUCAAUUUUUAAUGCUACGAAGUUUAGAUCGAAUUUUUCUUAUUCUUUCUUAAAUAAAAAGAAUCAUAACUCGUGACAUUAAAGAAUAACAACAGAAUUAUUUCUUUUGCAACUCUCUUCAUCCUCCAUUAUUCCCUCGAAAAAUUUGUCCUUGUUCCAAUUUUUCACCCCAAAUCAAUUUUUAAUGCUACGAAAUUUAGAUCGAAAUUUUCUUAUUCUUUCCUAAAUAAAAAGAAUUAUAACAGAGUUAUUUCGUUUACUAACUCUCGUCCAUUAUUCUUUCUAAAAAUUUCUCCCUGUUCCAAUUUUUAAAACGUCGUCGUUCAAUUUCUGAGAAGCUAAUCCCGAACGCUCUGUGCAAUCUCGUCGGACGCAACGGGACAAAAGCCUCGAUCGAGUUGGCAGUAAUUAUGAAUCGGGCGACUGUCCACAGCAGUACACAGAUUCGAAUCGCCUCCCCGGUGGCCGUGAAAACCGGGUGUAUAUUUGGGGAUGGAAGUUUGGGGAUCGAAGCGUUCGGGUGGUGGUCACUCGGGGGAUGACGGGCGUCAAUUAUAGACGGCGGAACGAUGGAACAACGUGCCUCGUGUUGGCGAUCCCCGUCAAUAACCGUAACCGUGACGAGGACGUUUCCAUCUUUGCCGCUCGCUACAUUGACAGCUCCGUGGGAUUAGCCGCUGCCUCGUCCCCCGAAAUUCACGAUCGUUCCAUCGAAUAUAAAUUGUAAGGUAACAGCUCGCCUCUAUUAGGCCUCGUGAAUUCAUUAUCCAAACAGUCGAAUUCGCGAAGCUGAAUUUCCUCUAAGAAAUAUAAAUGAUUGUAAGCGAAAUAAUUUCUGAGUCACAAUUUUAGUUUUUAGUUUUUGUGGUUUCUUAACAAAGGGAAUAGGGAGAAUAGCAGAUCGUUGUGAGAUGAAUAAAGAAUUUUCGUUUUCAGACAUUUUUAAGAAAAAAGCAUUUGGCAAGAAUUUCUUUAACCCUCUUUUCGAGCCUAAUCGCAAAAAUUCAUAAAACUUUGUGAACUCGCAGAGAAGAUAAAAUAGUAGAAAUUUGGCAUAAACGCGAUUAAUGCUCGUUGAUUCUGGCGUAAAAUUUUACAAGAUUCGGGACAAACGAACCUAACGUGCAGAGACGAGGAGACUGGAUCAAAAAGUUGGAAUUAAAAAUUUUAAGUAAGCGUAACUUAGUUCCCGAUAUCGUUCUAUUUAUACGAGGAGAGGAGAAAUUUCACGGUAAAUUAAACGCAAUUUCGCGAGAAGAAAAUUAUCUUCGUCUGGGGCCAAAAACUUUAGAAUGGUUUCCUUUAUGUCCCUUUAUUUCCCCCCCGUGUUCCGUUUGAUCAAGAAAAGAUCGAUCGUUCAAACUUCUCCCUCUUUCUCCUUUUCUUUUUCCUUUCUCUCUCCCCCCGUGUCGUCUCUUGUACUUUUAACGUUCUCUCUCCAAAAAUAUAUAUAUAUAUACACUCUGUUUACCCGAGUUCCAUAACCACCACUUGUUCCGGUUUCUUCGGUUCCAUUCUCGUUCCCAAAGGGGAUGGGGAAAUGGAAGCUACCCAAUCGUUAAGAAGCGAAUGGAUAAUUGCCUACAACUUAUAACCAAGUUUCCACGAGACGUUAAGACUCGAGCUUGUGUUACGCCCCGUAAAAAUUUCGCGGACGGGGACGGAAUAAUGGAAAAUACGGGAUCCGAAAUACGGGAGAGAGAAGUGGAUCGAAGUGAAGUCAAAGAGAAGAAGAAAUUGUGAAAAGAUUGUAGUAAUAAGAAAGAGUGAUGCGCAUGAUUCCUUUUCUCCCCCCGCUCUUCCCGUUGGAAAAACUUUUAAUAAGUUCCACGGGUUGGUCGUGGAAACGAGGAAGAAAUUGACGAUGAAUUUGUAAAGUGUCCGGAAACUUGAUGCAGAACAGAGAAGAACGUUCUGUUUAACUUCUCUUGGUGAGGAGGAAUUUUUCAGAUAAAAUUUGAAAUUUGAAAUUUUUUUUGACUGGAUCCAUUGUGAAUUUGUUAUAUUGUACGAAAGGUUGGAUUCACGAUAUUAUUAGGACGAAGCAACAAUUUUAAUUCCAAUAAUUCUAAUUAAAUUAUAUACUUUAUUUAUGCGCGCCAUUAACAAGAUUCGAAGAAAUCCGUUGUUAAACUCGAUUAGCGAGAUUACAAGUUAGACGAUCAGUCGAAAGAUAGGGAAACCGAGUAAUCCCCUUUCCCCUAAUCGUCUACUAUCUCUGUUGAAGAGAAAAUUGAAAUAAUCGAAAAUAGUUGCACUAUUCCAACGAAACUGGAAUAUCACUUUGAUCGAAUAUGUGUAGAUUGAAGAAGAAGAAGAAUAUUUCGAAAAUUUUGUCCGAGCAAAUUUAUUCGAGGCUUUUCUUUUUCUCUCUCUCUCUCUCUCUCGAAGAAAGUGAUUGUUCGACCGAGUCCUCGUCUCGAGAUUCGGUUAAUUUUGCCAAGAUGAGUUUCCAAAGAGAGAGUUACGUAGUUUCGAGAAAGGAAUUCAUUGUCCCAAUUUGUGAUGCCGGAAUUCUGCGGUAAAUAGCAACCCCUUAAAGGGUUUGAUCGAAAACCUUGGGUUGGGACCAUCCCCUGGCGCAAUAUCGUAAACGUUUCGGCGGUGUCGAUUAGAGAAAUUCCUUGCAACGUUCCCGACUCGAGGGGAGAAUAAAAACAAAGGAAAAAUGCGCGUUGAAAUUAUUGAAUCUCGGAUUUUCCAACUAAACAACUAGAGACGGUAUUCUUAAUUUAGUUCACAACCCUUGUCCAAGAAAAAUUUGCAAAUUGCGAUCCUUUUCAUCGUUUAUCCUCGGUCAUAAUAAUUUAAUUCCCGAUCGUUGGUACGUAAGAUUUUUGUCGAAACCGUUUCGGCAAAUUCCAUUGUCGAGAUCGAUCGAUUGCGCGCGAAUUCGUUGCUGCCAUUCAAUUUUAUGCACGGGCAACGUCGAACCCAGGAAAUAAUCACAGGAACACGGGCGCGUGCAACUUGAUCAAAGCCACGGAUAAUUUUCCAUGUUAAUUACGCGAGGUUGCUUUGGGCUGUUUGACAUUGCAACAACAAGAGCAGGAAAUCACGCGGGGAUGUUGAAUUAUUGGAUGGAUCGAAACGAAACUCGCGCACCAAUCGAUUAAAUGGAUAUUCUCCCGAAGGUGUUCUCCUUCCAAAUUGGUUUUUCCACGCGUCCAAGUGGCCGCAUCUGCUGAUUAUCCACGGAUAAUCGGUCCAAGUAAUCAACUUAACUUCUCCAGUUAUAAUUUGUUAACUUGUUUCUGUAGCACGAUCCGAUCGGAAAAUAAAUUGUUCGAUUAUUCGGAUUCGAGAGAGAUCAGAGGUCGAAAAGAUGGUAUUUUUCACUGCGUUAAAACUGUUAUUGUUAUAAGGAUAUCGUUAAGAUGUAUAAAAAUGCUGGAAACGAUUGUAUAGAAUUAUUCUGUCGUAAAGGAAUCGCGUAAACGUUUCGUGUUUCAAGUAAUUCGAUUAAUAGGGGGAGGAAUAAAAUUGAAAAUAAGAGUACGAUGGUGAUCGAGGAGGUGAUCGUAAAAAUCUAAUUUUAUAGGCUCUAAAUCUUUGCUUUACUCGCGUUAUUAUUUCGUAUCUCGCGGUUUAUUUCGGAUAAAUCAAGCCUUCGAUGCCUCGUAACCAUAAAUUCGAAAUAAGAUAUUACGAUUUUUAGCUCCUCCUCGAGUUCAACCGGCUUGUAUUAUACUCUAUCGAGAACGAUUUGAUCCUUAAAUAGUUAGGAUCUGAUACGAGUUCAAAAAAGAAAGAGAAGGAGGCAAUUUUGGUACGAAUUAAAUGGAAUAAUCGAUCGGCGGUAAAAAGUAAGAUAAAAUUAAGAUUAAUGAUCGAAAUCUGAAAAAUCUAAAAAAAAAUUUUACACCUAUUGGUGGGGGGAAAAAAAACAAGAGCCCAUAAAAACGGAAUGAAACUAAGAUUAAUGACCACGAGACAUGGCCAACGAAGUAACCAAUCGAUUCGAUUUCAACGAUUCGAAAAUACAACUCUCCAUAUUUCCCGAGAAAAUGUUUCGAUCCUCGUCCAAAAAUCUUUUUUUUUCAUUUAUUACAAUCGUUUGAUGAUUAAUAAGAAUCGCUAUCGAUAUACAGAUGCUUCAUCGAUACGUGGAAACACAAUUACAAUGAUCAGAGCCGUAUCAUCUUCUCCGUAAUUGAUCGUUGUAGCUAAUUUUCAUCAGACUUCAACGACACGCAAUAAUUGGCGUGGAUCACGUUCGAUAGACACGUUUGUUCCCCGACCGAUGGCAAUGUCGUUUCCUCGUCGAAGGGAGGGGAGGAAAAAAGAGCUGCUCCGUUAAUUAAUUGCUCUCGAAGGGAGGGCAACGAGCCCAGUUUGGAGGAGGAUUUUCGCGGGAAAAGAGCGAAGGGAACAGGCCCGCCCCUCCUCGCCCCCGGCCGUGGAAUUGACGUUGUAUUCCACGGUUAUUUCCCGUCGAUUAAACGGAACAAUAGCCUGGAUCGUGUGCUGUUCCAAAAUUCGAGAUCCCCCGAAGCGGGUUAGGUUAGGUUAGGUUAGGUUAAAUUUUUCAUCGAGCGCGUCCUCUCCACGGAUCCAUAGGGAUAAAGGGGCGUGGGCUUCGAUACGAUACGACUUUCCUCGAGAGCGAAAUAACUUAACGACACACGUACGAAUAGAGGCGCGAAGGAUGGAGGUGGAAGGAUGGAGGAGUGGGUGUUUGUUGUCCUGUUUCUGUGAAACGGGGGGAGAGGAAAAAUGGAACAUCGGAGAUAGAAAUUGGAUAGAGGUGGAGGAUGUACGCGUAAAUUGUUUGGGAAAUUCAACAGUGUAAAAUAGUUGGAAAUUUUAGUUUCUAAAUAUUUAAAAUUUAAAAUUGACCGAAUUGGAAUCCCUCGUUGCGACGAGGGAACGCGAUAAAUCUAAUUUGAGAUAUUAAAUCGCUCGGCUAAAUUUAUCGUUCGCGGAACCCUCGGUUAAAAAACGUAGAGAAUUGCACACCGAAAUAUUCGAAAGUGUGGAGAAAUGAGUGACGGGUAAGAAGAAUCCGCCGGCUGCGCGCCCUAACAAAAUUGUUCGUCCUUUCAACCUUCGGCUUUUCGCUACCUCUGCCCCACAAAGGCAUUAUUCAAAUGCGUUACUUCCAUCGAAUGGAAUUUUUCCUACGGUGAAGAUCGAAAUCGGAAGAUUCGUUAAACUUAUCAUGCACCUUUGACAGGGAAAUAUUUUGAGAGAAAAAAGAUUUCAAUUCCCCCCAGAGGAAGGAUGUAAUUUUAAUUUGAAUCGAAAUUUUCGACCACGAAUUUGUCGAAUAUUAUAUCCUCUUUGGUUGUUCGGAAAGUAAUUUAAUAAUUUCGCUAGUCGAACGUUUAGCCAAUUUUCCUCCCAACCGUGCUGUUAUUUAUACAUUUCGAGAGUAUUUCCUUUAUUUAUAAGAAAAAUUAGUUCGAUUUAGUGUUUUUCGUGUGAUAAUAAAGGAGACGUAAAAGGAAUAUAUUUUACUUUUUUAUUACCGAAAAGGUAAGAAUGCUUGCUGUUCAGGCAAGAAAAAAGUUACGCGAGGCCUAUAAAGAAGAUGUAUCAACUUGGUACUCCAAUAUCGAAAUGGUCCUCAAAAUUUCAUUCCGAUCGAAGCAAACCGACGAAUAACGACUCGAGAAAUUGCUGCUCGAACUCGUCGAAUUCGACUGUUCGCGUGAAACGAACUCGGUGUUUCAUUGUCACGAAAAAAAACGAAAUUACUUUCCGAACAACCGAAUAAUAUUGGACGAGUUGCUCGUACUGUUUCUCAACAUCGUAACGCCGAUCGUUUCACGGUGAAAUAUUCGUCCAAUUAUCAUCUCCCACCGGCAACGUUCGCAAAUCUCUGAUAAACGACGCGACUGUCUUGGCGAUAAAAAAAAAAAAGAAAAAAAAGGAGAGGGGAGAACAUUUACAUUAUCGCGGGAUAUUGCGCCGAGAUAUAAUCUCGAUCUCGCGUCGAGAUAUUAUUGCGCGCUAUAAAUCCAAAUCCAAGCGCAGAAGGAAACCUCGUAACAGAAUUUUAUACGAAGAACGAUCGUCGAUCGCUAAUGUUUAAAUUUCCUUAUCGAGAUCGUGUAAAUCGGAGAUAUCCAAAUAUACCUGUACCUUAUGACUCAUUGAAGGGGAUCGUGUUAGAUAUUAGAGUUAUUAUCGGGAAAAUUAUUUCUAAGGAAGAAAAAUCGAAUCGAAUAUAAAAUUUGCCUCGAUACGUUUCACAUUUUUUACGCGUAAAUUUUUCGCUGUACGUGGGAUGGCAUGAAAAAUCCAUUUUUUCAAGGAGGGAAGGAGGAAUAAAUGAAUGGAAGGUUCGCGUUGACAAAAAAAAAGGAAAAAGAAAAAAUCGGGUAAGUAGAUGACUUACAAGGAUUAACGCCGGUGCGUGACGCGACGCUGUAUCGGUUUUCUGUCCUUUUCGCGGUGGCCGUGUGCUCGUAACGGUGGCGCAUAUUUCAUAACGAGAACAAGCUCGAGGACGUCGACCCGACGUAGAAAAAUAAGAAUGGCGCAGUCAUUAGCGUGAAACAUAGAAGAUCAUUUCCGCGUUCCAUCCCGCGUUCGCAAAUAGGAUAUCGUGAUAAUGAGUUCGCCCCCCUCCUCGCCCACUCCCUUCAAAUAUUUUUAAUUUUAUAAUCACGCCUGAUAUUCUUUUUUCGCGAUCGUGAAAAGAGGAAAAACGAGAGACAUCGCUGUUUGUACAUUUGUGUUCUCUCUUUUUAGUGUAGAAUAUCGCUUUCUUUUCGUGAUUUAAACAGAAACAGAAACAUUUGUGCAAAAGAGUAAAAAACCUUAUUGUAUUUAUUCUAUCUAAUUAUCUGCCAUAUGCGAAUAAUGUAAUAUCAAUAAAAGGUUCAAGAUUGGUAAUGUAAAAAAAUGAAUUUGUGCUAAUCCAACUUCGAAAUAAAUGGAAGAGAUGAAAUUUUCUUAUCCGAUCGGAAUAUUUUAAUCACGGAAUACGUGCAUACGCGAUAAGAAUAUACAAUAAUGGAAAUUACUUCGGAUUACUUUCGCGAUAUUCACGAAAAGAUAUUCGUUCCGUACGAAGGUAUAAUUGGCGUAAAAUCGCCGAGCGCUCGGCCGAAAUGGUCGUUCGCAACUGAACGUUGAUCCAUCGAACUCGCGUUUGCUCUUUCUAAUCGAUUGCUCGCGUCGAUUGGCUCGAGCGCUUGUGCCCAACUUCAAGGCGGAUCGACCCACUGCGACACCGCGUGCGAUCGUAUUCUGGAAGAAUAUGUCAAUCGGAUUGGAAAAUCAACCAUUAUUCCAACGAGUUUCCGUUAUAACGCGUAUUUGUCGUUUCACGAACUCGACACGACGCGUGUGAGUAAAGACGAUACGUACGAAUAUAGGUUAAUAUUGCUCCGUUGAAUUUUAACCUCUGUGAACGCCGUACAAUUUUCCGGGAGAAGAGAAUAAGUUCCCUUUUUAAAAGUUAGGAAAGAACGUAUUCUCUUAAUAGACGGUGCCUGCUCGUACUGGAUCAGGCUGGAGUGGUGACUUAAUUAAAGCAAUUACCGAAAGGAUGGACUCGCGGCAACGAUAUCUCGAGGAACAAUUGCAACGAAGGGAAUCGGAAGCCUCGGAAUUGCGCCGGAAUCUUCACGAACUGAGCGGCAAGUUUUUCCAGCUCGAGCGAGCUUUCGAAAUCAACUUGCAAUCGCAGGCUCUCCAGGAGGUUGAGUUCAAUCGUAUGAAAGUUGAAUACGAAGAGCUUCGAAAGCUGAACGUCGAGACUGCACAAGCGAGAACAAAACUGAACUCGAUAUUAAUGAAUACGACAACCGAGAGAGAUCAUUGGAAAAAUGCUUUCCUGCAGCAAAGAGGAGAUAUUAAAAGAGAGAAAAUCGGAUGGGGCAACGCGAUGGACCUAGUUAAACGGGAAUGCGAGGAUAUUUUGAAACAGACUCGAGAAAGUGCGGAGAAACAAUUUCACGAAAUGGUCGAGUUGUACAAUGAAAGCAGAGAAAAGGUGAGUCUAUUAGAAGGGCAGGUGGUAGAGUACGAAGAUCUGAAAAGGGAGCACGAGAAUCGAAGUUUCGAGUUGGCGAACCUACUUGAAACUUUAAAACGUUUCGACGUGGAUGUCGGCUCUGUCUGUCAACUUGGAGCGGAAGCUUUGAGGAACUUGACCGAAUCGGGCAACUUAUUCGAGGGAAGCAUGAAGAAUCUCAGGCAUCUCGCAUGGACCGUGAAAGAAAGAAAGGAUGAGCCGCAACUCGUUUUAUUGAGAGAACAGAAUUCCGUUUUGAGAGAGGUUGUGAAGAAUCUUAAAAGGAAGUUUCAGAUGCUGAACCAAACGCACAAUGAAAUUCCGGAAAAAGAAUACGAAGAACGACACGAACGUAUGCUUCUAGAAAAUACAACGAAUUCGCAAAAUAAUAAUGACAAGUUAUUAUACGAAUCAGAAUUCGAUAAAAAUAUUGUUCCAGCAGUAGAAAACUCCAUAAACUCACUAAUUCACGAGAAUAAUAACAAUUAUACGAAAGAACGUAAAGGACACGUCGAAAAUGAAAUGCGCGGACUAACUGACGGUUACAAGAACGAUAAUCGAAAUAAACGUUUCGAUAUCGAGAAUACAAAGAUCGAUCAAUGUGGACGAAUACUGUGUAUAGAAUCUCAUUCGAAUGGCACGAUAUACGAAGAAUAUGUGAUCAAAUUAUCGAUUAAUCGAGAAAUAAAAAUUAAAUAUCCUAUCGUAUUGAAUAACAAUGACGCGAUGGUUAGGUUAGAAUUUAUGGAUAACGAAAUCGAUUAUGAAAAGGCACCAAUAGACAGAAUGUUGAUAUUAUUUAAAAAUAUACAUGCAGUCGUAAAUUUUAAACAAACCGGUGUACCGUGCAGUACGCAAACAACGAAAAUAAAAACUUCCAACAACUUUACGCAAACUUCGUUUACUGGAAUAAAUUCGUUUUCUCGUAUAAACGCCGGUGUUACGGUGAGUGAAAAAAUUUUUAAAUUUUUACUUUGAAUUAAGUAUCUAAAAAUUAGAUUAUUUACUGAACAAAGAAUAAUACAUUGUAUCUUACAAAAAAGUUAAAAAAAUUUAUAAUUAUAAAAGAGAUAUUUUUUAUACAUGCUAAUUUUUUUAUAAAUAUAUUCUAAGAGUAUAUUAUGUUCAUAUCACGAUAAUAAUAGAUAUAACUAAUUUCAUUAUAAAUAUGAUUCGUAUUCGAAAAUUACGAAAAUAUUAGUCGCGAAAACUAAAAUAUGAAAUCGUUUAUAUUAUAUUUCUUAUAUUCUUAUAUACUAUAUAUUUCAUACAAUAUUUCAUAAUUGCAAAAACGUACAUCGAUUUCAUCAGAAUGAUGUCUGGUAUAAAAUAUCAACUUGAUUCUUUAAUUAAAUAUAGAUGCUCAAUAGUGAAAAACGUGCAAUAGAAAGAAGUCUCUGUAAUUUGGAACGAACUGUUAACACUUUGAAACUCAAUGCAUUAAAUCAAGUUGAAACAAUGAUCAUUAAGGAUUCACAUUCGUAUAGAAAUGUUGAAAAGUUAAAUCGUAUCAAGAUAUUGACUCGAUAACAUUUGUGCACAACAAUUUUUACCAUUCUUUCAAGUGCAAGAAUUUUUAAUAUUACAAAGAUAUUUUUAACUCAUAACAGUAUCAAACUAGAUUUGUUAUCAUAAAUGUAAUAAUACUUGUUCUAUUCAAUUGUACAUAAAAAAAUACCGCUAGGAAUAAUUGGUAAAGAUGUCCACAAGUUUAGAAAAAUGUUAAUCAUUAUUGUUCCUUAAAUCGUUAAAAAUAUUGUAAGUUAAAUCUUACAUUAUAUCUAUACACGCACAGAUGUACAUUACAUACAUACAUACAUACAUAAUAAAUGUACAUAAUUGUAUAGAUUUAAUUGUAUUUAAAAUUGUAAUAAUUAUCACAUUAUUUUCAUUAAGAAUUAAAUAUUUAUUUCUUUUUGUUAGAAAUAAAGGUGCAUUCUACACUAUUCUCAUACGUGAAUAAAUUUUUUUUUAGAGAAUCUCAAAACAUAUUUAUCCUCCACAUUUAUCUUUUUUUUUUUUUUU